AUGCCACCUAAGCCCCUGAAUUACCAGAUUGCAAUUUCGCGCGAAAUCACCGUGGACGAGAGAAUCGAUAUGCAUAUGAUACGUAUCCAUCUGAAGCCACUACCACGAUAUCUCCUCGAUUCUCAGUUUUGGGAGUCGCAUCUUGUCUGUAAGGGACCUUGUCGUGGUUCCACAGGCGACCGGGUUACCCAAGAUCAGGCAUGUUCACGAGACCUAUAUAAAUGCGCUCUUGGUCUCUUAUCUUCUGAUAUGGCCCUUGUACAGUUUGAAAGCACUUCCUUGAUUGCAGGAAACUACCAUCUGUUACCAGACACCAUCACCUGGGAGAUGUGGCUCAAGGUGAAUCAGCAGUUGUUGAGGAACGAUGCGACCAGCCCCGCGAACAUCAACUCACGGUAUUUAUUUGGAGAGCUGAGACUGUCGCGAUUGAAUCAAAUGUACGCAAUUCGCUAUGCUAACGUCUUGAGCGCCUAUAAUUUCACCUACCAGACAUAUAGUCAGUUGUUUUACGACCAUCUCACUACGCUGACUGCGGCGACCAUUUACGUUGCUUUGGCAUUGACGGCGAUGCAGGUUGGACUGGCGACCGAUCGUUUAGCCUUGAAUGCACCGUUCCAGAACGCUUCUUUCAUGGAAAUUUAA